AUGGAGAUGGAGGAGGCUGCAACUGGUGCUGGAAAGCCAUGGGUGGCGGAGAGGAGGAAGGGAGGUUGUCCUGGUUGUUCAUCGUUCGGCUUGCUACCUGGGGCUAAUGAGUUGUUGAAGGCAGAUGAGAUUAUAGUGCAAAUUGACUCAAGGUCAAUUGCUGUGUCACAUAUUCCUCACAAUGUAAAGCUGGAAGAUGUUCAAUCUUUCUUUGGUCAGUAUGGCAAGGUUAACAUCGUAAGGCUUCCAAAACAUGUUUCUAACAAGAGGCAGUUCUCCGGCACAUCUUUGGUCGAAUUUUCGGAAGAAGUUGAAGCUAACAAUAUCAUGAAUAACAAACUUAGUUUUGCAGGAGCGGAUCUAGAAAUAAAAACAAAGAAGGAAUUUGAUGCUGAAAUGGAGGCUAAGAAAGAAGCUUAUGAGAAGUCGCACCCUAAUACACACCCUAAUAAGAAUGGUCAUGACGAAGGGUAAACUUUCUGUACUAACAAUAUGUAACAUGCUAUUUUUAGUUUCUUUAGUUUGACUUGACCAUGUGAAUCAUCAAUAAUGGUUAUAUAGAUAGCCA